AUGAUUGUGUGAAUUAUCUAACUGAACUAACAGUUAGUUACGAACUAAUUGUUGAUAAGGUCGCUAACUAACUAGACACAAUCAAUCUGUUCACGGUGUCCCAGGGAGAAUUUUGUUUAAAUGCCUAUUUUCUUCAUUUGGAGAGCUAACUCAGCUCGUAGCUAACAUGCUGUGGAAAUACGUAACUAAGUUAGCCUAGCUACUAAAGUUAAUUACAAGGUAACAACACGCAGGUUGGUUAGCUAGCUAACUAACUUAACCGGCUGUCUAACCAAGGUGACAGGUUCAUAUUUUUUGCAGCUGACAUCUGACAAAAUGAGUUCAAAGAAGAGCAGAAUGGGAAAGAUGCUGAAAAAUGUUCAGAAAGAACUUCAGAGUUCGGGAGCAGAGAAGGCCAGGACAGCACAGAAAGCGCAGGCGGUCUUGCCCAUAUCGCCAUUGGACGUGUCCUCCAUUGAGAAAGGCAGCUUUUUUGAAGAUGACGAGGUUCUCAGCUAUGGGAACCCACUGCACAGCACCGCGGUGGAAGACGACUUCAGUCCUGACCAGGGGCCAAAGGCCAAGAACACGGGAGCAGAAGCUAGAGGGCCCAGUCGUGCUGAGACGCCUAAACGACCAAGCCGUGCAGACAAGCGCCAGACCUCAGGAAAGACCAGCGCCCCACUGUCAUCGACAAGCUCCGCCCCAAAGGGGCGUCAACCACGCCCUCCACGCAAGAGCAUUGGAAUAAAGUCAAAAACCAGGGCUCUGCAGAGGGUUUCAGAGGGGCUCGAAUCGGACGGGGCCACCGGUCGACGGAGACGGCUGUCAUCCUUGUCAUCCAGCCCUCCCUCUGGAGUACAGAGCGCCAGUAACUCAGACUCAGGCCCUGGUGCACAGGAGCCACCUCCCAAGCGGCCCAGGGGAGCUCCGCAGGCGACCCUGGGGGCUAGGGCUCGGGCUAAAAAGGUCCCAGCUCCAGCUCUCCCUAAAAAUCAGCCUCCGCUUUGUACUGAAGGCUCCAUUUCUCCCCUCAGGCAGGAGACGGGUCCGUCACAGAGCUCAGUCAGCGGGGUCAGAGAGAGCAGCACAGAGGGGCAGCCACCAUCCAGAGCCAGUGCAGCUGCAGCACGUCGCAGGCACCUCUCCUCCCUGUGCUCUGAGGACCUGACUGACGAAGACCCCAGCUGGCAUGAAGAACCAGGCCGGGCGUCAGCUGAGCCGCAUGUGGGGGAGAAGAGGAAGCCAUCCAGGGGCAGGCAGAAUAAGGUGGUCCCUAAGAGGAAGUCUUCAUCUGGAUCCUCAGGUGAUGCCGGGCCUUCCGGUAAACACAAACACCGGGAAAGAGAUACUAGGAACCCCAUUGAUCUUGACGUGGUACUCGAUGCGUUCCUGGAGUUUGUGUCGCACUACAGAGAGACUGUCGACUCGGCUCCAGUCAGACAGGCAAUAGAUGCGGUUUCAGACAUGUUUGAGGAUCAGCUCACAGAACUAAUAACCAACACAAAGGAAUUGAACAGUCUGAAAAGGGAAAACAUUAAGGUCAAUGGUACCAUUAACAAGAAGCGCGCCAGACUGGUCGAGAUCAAAAGUGAAUUGAUAACGAAGGAGGCGCAGCUGAGGUCCCUGCAGAAGGAGCACGGACAGCUUCAGGAGAGGCUGACGGACCUGAGGACGGGAACCUCCUUCCUGUCGGCCCUGAGGGACCUGCACAAGAACUACCUGGCCCACCGUCAGAGACACCCUGCUGAGGAGGAAGUGUAUGGACCCUCCAGUGUGCCGGCUCUCCUGCUGGAGGCACGCAGGGUGUUGGGGGCCGAGUGUCAGCUGAAGAACAUCAACGAGAACCUGCAGCAGGCCCUGGAGCAGGCCAAUCAGCAUUGAGCUCUCAAGCAGAUC